AUGUUUUACUCGCAAUGUCUCGUGUCGAGAAAGGGACCUUUGGGAGCGAUUUGGGUCGCUGCGUAUUUCUUCAAAAAGCUUAAAAAAGCUCAAGUCAAAGAUACUCACAUUCCUUCUUCCGUUGAUCAGAUCUUGCAAAAAGAGUUGGACGCGUUGACAUACAGGGUUUUAGCGUAUCUUCUUCUUGGCGUUGUGAGGAUAUAUUCCAAGAAGGUGGACUUUUUGUUCGCUGAUUGCAACAAAGCGUUGAUCGGAAUAAAAGAGUUUGUGGCUAAGGAGAAGGAUAGAGAAACCACAACUGUGCAGUUGACUUCAUCCACGGAGUGUUUUUCCAUUGCUUUGCCUGAGAGUUUCGAACUUGAUGCCUUUGAUCUUGGGGUUUUGGAAGAUUUUCACGGGGGAAAUGUUAAGCCACAGGAAGACAUUACGCUUAAAGAUGGAGGUCAGGAAGCAGAGAACAUGGACCAGUACUAUAUGGAAAGGUUUGACAUGGAUGAGGACUUCAUGUACACGUCUAAUGAGACUUUCGUUGCGGAUCAUAAUAAUAGCAAAGAUGAGAGUUUGGCUCAUGAUAUGGACAUAUAUACAGAAAACCUUAGAGAUACUACUGAAGAAGCAUCAGUCAGAGUCGUUGAAGUGGAACCACUGGAUUCUAAUGAACCAUCCAGGGAUCAUCAGAAUGCAUCUAGGCACAGAGAGGAUCUAGAAACAGAUGACAUGGUUGUGGAACUGCAAAAGUUUGAAGAUAUCAGAAGAGCUCAAGAAGAAGAGACAGAUAGAGAAACCAUAUGUACCAUUGUGCAGAGACUGGUGGAUCUUCAUGAACCCUCGGGAGAUAGUCUACACAGAGACAACGACAGGGAGAAUACGAUGCCAGAGAAAACCACGGUGGAAUCAAGUAGGGAAAAGAUGCGGCAUGACCAGUCCCUCCCAUCUGAAUGCAAUAGUCCUGAAGCGAUUCAUGGGGCUGAGGAACAACCUUCUGGUGCCUCAAGAAUUGACGGGGAGAGGGAGAUCCCAGAGAUGAUUCCUCUAGUAGAACCAGAACCGAGAGACUUGCCUGAAGGCGUAGAGAAACGUCGAGGCCAUAGUGAUGGGGAAAUGACAAACAGUGAGAUGUUACAUGGAUCUCAUAAAGAGCCAAACGAGACUUCUGAAGUGAAUCAAGUUGGACUUCACAGAGACACCGAGAAAGAUUUUCUCUCUGACAUGAGUAGUUCUGAAGACGGGAGUAAAGGGUUUAAUGCUAAAGAAACGCCAGUUACUGGUACUCCCAAAACACCUUCGCGGUUGAGAAUCUCUGAAGGAGAAACAAGCCAUCAGUACUCGAUCAUUCCUACGCCGGCUGCAAAGGAGUCUGCUCGGAGUUCACGGAAGAGAAAAUGUCUAAUAGAUGAUGAAGUGAUCAUUCCGAACAAAGCUAUGAAGAAAAUAAUAGGAGACCCAAGUGAUUUGAUGAAAAAAAGGAGAAAGGUCCCUCGUACUGACUAUUCUGAAAAAAGAAUUAAACGUCUUGCCGAUCCCUCAAAAAAUAUAUGGAACCCUUUGAUUCCAUAUGGUUCUUCGGAACUCCAGUUACUUUUCUCUCAACCCAUCAAGCUUACAGAACCAAAUAUUACAGAAGCUCCUAAAGCUGCUAGAACCACUAGGCGAGUGAAAGAUUCCUCUAUGGGAACAGUUAGAAGUCACGGGGUUGUUGCUCAAGAAAUUAUGGAGACUCCUCAGGCUGCUGCUCUUGCGGAGCUGAAGAUUACUGUUCCAGAGACUGUAGUUGAGACGGGAUCUAGUUCGGUAGCUGCUGGAAUUGAUCAUCAAACAGAGACGCCAGUAAAGCCUGCAGAGAUUGCUCCCGAAACACCAGCGAGGACAUCAGAGCAUACAGAGAUUGCUCCAGAGACACCAGUAGUCUCUGAGCGAGUAGAGAUUGCGCCUGAAACGCCAGUGAGGGAAUCAUCGUCGAAAAGAUAUUUCGAGGACCCUGAACCCUGUGAUAAAGAAACGAGACAUGCAAGUUGCUUCACUUCCUUUGACGAGCACCCGUCAGAAAUUUGCAAGGAUGGAAGGGACCUCGAUGCAAUUUUGAUGAACGAGGAGCAGGUGAAUGCACAUGAAACAGAGGACUUGCAACAAGAGGCUUGGUCGGCAAGAACAAGGAAUGUGGCGAAGUUCUUGGAAAAGACGUUUCAGGAGAAGAGGGAAAAAGGAGAAGAAGAGAAGGCAAGUUUGUUGCAGCUGUGUAUAGGAAGAACUCAGAAGGAAAGCGCAAGACUCUUCUACGAGACUUUGGUUUUGAAGACGAAAGGAUACUUGGAAGUGAAGCAAGACCUACCAUACAGUGAUGUUCUUCUCACGCGAUACACAAGACAACAAGCAGCUUGUUAA